GAAGAGAGGAAAGGCGGGGGCAGACACAAAAAGAGGCGAGAAAAUAGCGGAGAGAAAAGUCGGAAAAGUGCACCAACGAGGCGGCGAAUCACUGCUAAAAGGUCAAUUCGCGCUAGUUUAGUUAAGUUAAGUAGUACAGUACGUCCUACGCCCGUGCAAUUCACCGUAAAUACGCGUACAACAAAUAUAUGUGACCGAAAUCGAAAUCCGUGUGUUCAGUGUGCGAGAGAGAGAGCGAGCGAGAGACAAGAUGGGCACGGCAAAGGAGCGAGGAGAGCAGAGCGAGGGCGACGCCGCCACCACCCACUCAACGGGGGCAGCAACAACAACAGGGGGAGCAGGAGCUGCCACUACAACAACCACGACGAAUGCCGCCAAAAAGAUUCGCCGCGCCUUCUCCAUGCCACGCAAUCCCUUCCGCUGGUCGCGUAAAUUCAAAACGGCAGCGGCCUCCGUUGCGUCGUCCUCGGAAAAGGACAACGGAAGUGGCGGCAGGGAUAACGAAGUGGUGGGGGGAGGAGGAGGAAGAGAGCGACGUGGCAGCCACACGGCCAUCUCCUCCUGCGUGGGCGGGGGGCGUGGCAGGAGCGGCAGCAUUGUCUCCCUGAGCAGCUACGAGGCUCCACUCGUGACCACCACCUCCUCCAGCAACAACAACAAUGCGGCCAACAACAACAACAGCAGCAGCAACACCACCGCCAGCAAUGGAAGCAACAACAACAGCAACAACAACAACAAGCGGACACGUGCUCUACGCCGCUCGUCCUUCAGGAAGUUUCUCAACCGGAUCGCCCAGCACCUGAGCUCAACGGUAAAUGUCGUGGCGAACAAACAUGGCCAGUCGACGGUGCAGGGAUCUUCGGGAGGAGGAGGAGCCGGUCCAGGCGAGCGAGUGCCUCCCAUCGGAGGCUACCAGUGGCCGGCGGACCAGACUCCGGGCGUAAUGGGGCUGAAGAACCACGGCAACACGUGCUUCAUGAACGCGGUGCUGCAGUGCCUCAGCCACACGGACAUCCUGGCCGAGUACUUUGUGCUGGACCAGUACAAGGCCGACCUCAAGCGCCGCAACAAGAUCAACUCGCGCAAGUUCGGCACCAAGGGCGAGCUCACCGAGCAGCUGGCCAACGUGCUGAAGGCGCUGUGGACCUGCCGGAACGAGAGCGACCACAGCACCGGCUUCAAGGCGGUGGUGGAUCGGUACGGGAGCCAGUUCAGGAGCUCCACGCAGCACGACGCCCAGGAGUUCCUCUUCUGGCUGCUGGACAAGGUGCACGAGGACCUGAACACGGCCAGCAAGCGGCGCUACAAGAGCCUCAAGAACUCCUACGGCCGCUCGGACGAGGUGAUCGCCGCCGAGACGCUGGCCAACCACAUCCGGUGCAACAACAGCUUCGUCCAGGCGGUGUUCCAGGCCCAGUUCCGCUCUUCGCUCACCUGCCCGCGCUGCGAGAAGCAGUCGAACACCUUCGACCCCUUCCACUGCAUCUCGGUGCAGCUGCCGCAGCUCACGCAGCAGACGAUCUUCGUCACGGUGGUGUACAUGAAGCAGCUGCCCCGCCAGGUGCGCAUGGGUCUGCGCGUUCCCGCAGGAUCGCCCAUUGUGGCUCUGCGGGAGCAGCUCCACGCGGACACGGGCAUCGAGGGAUCGCGCAUGGUGCUGGUGGAUCUGAAUGCCGAGGGCUUCUCGCGCGUCUUCUACGACACGCAGCCGGUGGAGACGCUGGCCAGCAUCGAGACCAUCUACUGCAUCGAGGUGCCGGAGGCGACUGCUGCCCAACUUCCCAAGGUAGAAACGGAUAAGCCUGCUCCCGCCACAACAACAGUGGCUUCGCAGGCCGACCUGCUGCUCCUGGUGGCCAACGUGUACCGGGCGAAGGACGGCAAGGACAUCUCGCGCUUCGGGGCUCCCUUCAGCAUGAAGGCGCCGCGCGACUGCUCCUACCAGGACCUGCAGAAGCGCCUGCUGCGCGAAAUGGCCGCGCUGCUCAAGCCCGAGGUCUUCUCCUACGCCACUCCGCCGGCCGAGAUGUUCCGCAUCCGGCUGCAGGACCCCUCCGCCGAUCCGGACACCUACCUGGAGCAGGUGGAGCACCCGCUGCUCACCGAGAUGAUCGACAUGGCGCUCUCCGUGCUCUCCGCGGAGGCGGGACCGCAGCACAUCAAGCUGCUGCUGGAGUGGAGCUCUCCGGAGGCGCAUUUCGUAGGCAAACAGCAGGACGCCGAGGAGGCGGUGGUGGAGCAUGAAAGUGUGGCUCGUCUGAGUGCCAGCAAGCCCAGCGACACCGCCUCGCUGACCCUCGAACAGUGCCUGGAGCACUACACCAAGGCGGAGACGCUGAGCGCCGAGGACGCCUGGCGCUGUCCGCACUGCCAGCAGUACCUUCCUGUGGUGAAGACGCUGGGCCUGUGGUCGCUGCCCGACAUCCUGGUGGUGCACUUCAAGCGCUUCCGGCAGCACCAGUCCAAGGGACCGCAGGCCGCCAAGCUGACCACCAUGGUCAAGUUCCCGCUUACGGCCUUCGACAUGUCGCCGCACUUGGCACGCGGUGUUCACGAGAGCGCCAGCAGCUCGCUGGGAAUGGGAACGGGACUGGGAUUGGGCCUCGGACUCGGUCUGGGCUCCGGCAAUCCCUGGAAGAAGGCCCGCUCCGGCGACUCGCGCUCCUCCACGCUCAACUCGCGCUGCGACCCCAAGGACACGCGCUACGACCUGUACGCCGUGUGCUACCACCAGGGCGACACCCUGGAGACGGGCCACUACACGGCCGCCUGCAAGAACCCCUACGACCGGCAGUGGUACAAGUUCGAUGACCAGCGGGUGAGCAAGGUGCCCGAGGACGACAUCGAGCAGGACAUAAUCAACAACGAGGCCUACAUGCUCUUCUACCAGCGACGCAGCGUGGAUGCGGGCGAGUGCUCCGGCUCCAGUUCGAACUCUGGAGAUCACUGGGUGUCGCGCAUCGCCCCGGCCCCCUCGUCGUCCGCCUCGUCGACUUCUGGCAAGGAGAAGGAGCCGCCGGUCAAGGUGGAGGAAGCGACUGAAACGCCAGCGGCAGAGAAGGCUCAAUCCAAACCGGUGGACAUACCCAAAAUAUGUCAGGAGAGGGUGGAAGCUACCGAAGAGCCCACAGAGGAUGUUCCGGAGAAGGCAUCAACUCCGAAUAAGCUGAAUAUCGAGGAACUGGCCUUUGCCGAUGCCGAUGUGGACACCAGUUUAAGUGAGACCAGCACCAAAACGGAGGCAGCACCAGCAGUUGAACCCGAGAAGCUGACCGUAGAAGAAGCCACGUCUAUAUUUGCCAUGGAUGAGGACUGCACGGACCUCGGCGAGGAGGAGAAGAAAGAAGACACUACCGAGAAGGAAGAAAUUCCACUCCCUGCGAGCGAAUCAACCGCCGAGCCCAAGACCAAUGGUCAUGCGAGUUCUUCCUCCAGCUCUUCCUCCUCUGAAAGCUCCCUCUCGUCGCGCUCUUCGCCGAGAUCACUGAGCACCUCGGUGACGGCUGCCUCCACGCUGCAGAGCAAGUUCAACGGUCACUUGAGUGCCGCUCCGCCGGCUCUUUUCAACGGAAAUGGAAGUGCGAAUGGGAAUACGCCGCAGCUCUCGUCCAGCUUGCAGCUGUCCCGCCAGGUGCUGCACAACCACAAUUGGCAUGGAUCCAGGAGCAGCGUGUCGGCGGUGGAGAACGCUUCCCACCAGGCGGCCAGUCUAAGCCUGCGGCACUCGUUCUCCACCAGCUCAAAUUACACGGAGACGCUGUCUUCGCUGCUGCGCAAGUCCGCGAACACUUGCAGCAAGGACACCCUGCUGUUCAUCGACCAGCAGAACCACCAUCAUACAUCGGGACUGAUCGAAGACGACGAUGAUUCAUACAUGGGCCGGUCCCUAUGGAUAUCCCCCGUGACGCCACACAAACUUAUAACUGUUUCGCCCAAGAAUUAGAUGCGAUAUUGCGAU